AUGUUUGGUCCCUUUUUACUCAUGUUUGUUGCCGUAUCCGCAUUCACUUUUGAUGAAUUACAAACACGGUCUGGUUGGUAUUGUAUGACAAUCAGGCACAGAGCUUGUUAUCCUUACGGCGAACAUCUGAUGUGUGGCACGGACAACUACACCUAUUACAACAAGUGCGAGUUCACGAAGUCCCAUUGCUUGAACAAUCAAAUACAUGUGGCCCAUGACGGUUCGUGCAACGGCGAAAGUCAUCUUUCCAGCAAUCUAACUGCUGGAGAAAUACUUCUGCUGCAUUUCAUGUGCGAGGAUAUGGGCACACACCGAUGCGCGGAGGAUUAUGAUCCAGUGUGCGGCUCUAACGGUGUGACUUACAUGAACGAGUGUGAAUAUGAACAGGUGAGAUGUAUGCACAAUUCCCUCACCAUAGCCAGCAGAGGGCCGUGUGCACCUUUAUUAGUUGGCUAA